GAGGAGACAGCGAGGGAGAGCAAGAGGGGGAGACGAGAGAGAAAGAGAGAGAGAGAGAGUGGGGCUUGGCCGCGCGUCGGCGCCGGCUGCGAUGGGGAGCCCCGAGCAGCUCGUCGGCGGCGUGCAGUAGCGGCGGCGGCGGCUCAGAGCAGACGCGGGAGCACGCUCUCCUCCCGGAAGGCUGCGCUGGGAUCUGGAUGCGGACUGGGAUCUCGCGCCCCCGGCCCUCUCCUCCCGCGGCCGUUCUCCUCCUCCCGCCUCCGCCUGCCGAUCUGCCGCGGCGGCGGCGGCGGCGUCCCGAGCGCCUCUCUCCGCGAUCCCAGUCCCGGGGAGCGCGCGCAGGCACUGCGGCGGAGGCGACCGUGUGGCCCGGCUCGCCCUAGGCGAGAGCACCUAGAGAGGAAGACCACGGGAGAAGCGCCAGGUGGAGCCGUGGAUCGCCAGCUGAGGCAAGGGUGCGUGGGGGCUUGUUAGCGCGAUUAUUUAGCUGCCUGGUGCGCCGGCCGAAGCGCGCCUGCCCAAGCACAGCCCCAGCUCCAGGUGUAAAUGGGCUGCGAGGAUGGAAGUAUGAUGUGAUGGAUAUAAUUAUGGGACACUGUGUGGGUACACGGCCUCCUCCUCCUUGCCUCAUCCUCCUGCUCCUCAAGCUUUUGGCCACUGUCUCCCAGGGGCUGCCAGGGACUGGAGCCCUGGGCUUCCACUUCACCCAUUCCAUUUACAAUGCUACAGUGUAUGAGAACUCCGCAGCAAGGACCUACGUGAACAGCCAGAGUAGAAUGGGCAUCACCCUCAUAGAUCUGUCCUGGGAUAUCAAAUACAGAAUAGUGUCUGGAGAUGAGGAAGGCUUUUUCAAAGCAGAGGAAGUCGUCAUUGCAGAUUUCUGUUUUCUCAGAAUAAGAACUAAAGGUGGCAAUUCUGCCAUACUGAAUAGGGAAAUUCAGGACAAUUAUUUAUUGAUAGUAAAAGGUUCUGUCAGAGGAGAGGAUUUGGAAGCAUGGACCAAAGUGAAUAUACAGGUCUUAGAUAUGAAUGAUCUGAGACCUCUGUUUUCACCCACAACAUACUCUGUUACCAUAGCAGAGAGCACACCUCUAAGGACUAGCGUUGCUCAAGUGACAGCAACAGAUGCAGAUAUUGGGUCCAAUGGGGAAUUCUACUACUACUUUAAAAACAAAGUUGAUCUCUUCUCAGUUCACCCCACAAGUGGUGUCAUCUCUUUAAGUGGACGAUUAAAUUAUGAUGAAAAGAAUAGGUAUGAUCUGGAAAUUUUGGCUGUGGACCGGGGAAUGAAACUCUACGGAAACAAUGGAGUGAGCAGUACUGCUAAGCUUUAUGUUCACAUUGAACGCAUAAAUGAACAUGCUCCAACCAUCCAUGUGGUCACUCACAUACCUUUCUCAUUGGACAAAGAACCGACAUAUGCAGUGGUAACUGUCGAUGACCUAGAUGAGGGAGCCAAUGGAGAGAUUGAGUCUGUCUCUAUUGUGGCUGGCGACCCUUUAGACCAGUUCUUCCUGGCUAAGGAAGGAAAGUGGAUGAAUGAGUACAAGAUUAAGGAGAGGAAGCAGGUUGACUGGGAGAGCUUUUUCUAUGGCUACAAUCUCACUCUUCAAGCAAAAGACAAAGGGUCACCUCAGAAGUUUUCAGCAUUAAAGAUGGUCCAUAUUGCCAACCCCAGAAGAGACACUGUCCCAGUUAAGUUUGAAAAAGAAGAAUAUGAUGUGAGCAUAAGCGAGUUUUCCCCUCCUGGUGUCAUGGUUGCUAUAGUAAAAUUAAUUCCUGAGCCUCCAGAUGUGGAAUACAAAUUAUCUCCUGGUGAGGAUGCAGAGUACUUCAAAAUUAAUCCUCGAUCAGGGCUGAUUGUCACAGCUCAGCCACUGAAUACCGUUAAGAAGGAAGUUUAUAAAUUGGAGGUGAAGAACAAGGAAGGAGAUUUAAAAGCACAGGUAACCAUUGGCAUAGAAGAUGCAAAUGACCACACCCCAGAGUUUCAGCAGCCAUUGUACGAUGCUUUUGUAAAUGAAAGUGUUCCUGUGGGAACCAGCGUUCUGAUGGUUUCAGCUUACGAUAAAGAUAAAGGAGAAAAUGGGUAUAUCACCUAUAGUAUUGCCAGCUUGAAUUUGUUACCAUUUGCCAUUAACCAGUUUACAGGUGUUAUUAGCACAACUGAAGAACUGGAUUUUGAAUCCUCUCCAGAAACUUACAGAUUCAUUGUUAGAGCUUCUGACUGGGGUUCACCGUACCGCCAUGAAAGUGAGGUAAAUGUGACUAUUCGAAUAGGUAAUGUUAAUGACAACAGCCCCCUCUUUGAGAAAGUGGCUUGCCAGGGAGUUAUUUCAUAUGACUUUCCAGUUGGUGGUCACAUCACAGCUGUCUCAGCAAUCGAUAUUGAUGAACUUGAACUUGUAAAGUACAAAAUCAUUUCUGGCAAUGACCUUGGUUUCUUUUACUUAAACCCAGACUCUGGUGUUUUGCAGCUUAAAAAAUCACUUGUGAACUCCGGCAUUAAAAAUGGUAAUUUUGCCCUGAGAAUUACAGCAACUGAUGGAGAGAAUUUUGCAGACCCCAUGGCUAUUAACAUUUCAAUUCUCCAUGGGAAAGUGUCUUCAAAGAGCUUCAGUUGCAGAGAAACUCGUGUGGCUCAAAAGCUGGCAGAGAAACUACUCAUUAAGGCAAAAGCAAAUGGGAAACUGAAUCUGGAAGAUGGAUUUCUUGACUUUUAUUCCAUUAACAGGCAAGGACCACAUUUUGACAAGUCUUUUCCUUCUGAUGUGGCUGUGAAGGAGGAUAUGCCAGUUGGUGCUAACAUUCUGAAGAUUAAAGCUUAUGAUGCCGACUCUGGCUUCAAUGGAAAGGUGCUAUUUACAAUCUCUGAUGGAAAUACAGAUAGUUGCUUUAACAUUGACAUGGAGACAGGGCAACUUAAAGUCCUCAUGCCCAUGGAUCGAGAGCACACAGACCUCUAUCUCCUUAAUAUCACCAUCUAUGACUUAGGGAAUCCACAGAAAUCUUCAUGGAGGUUGUUGACCAUCAAUGUGGAGGAUGCUAAUGACAAUAACCCAGUUUUUCUUCAGGACAGUUACUCUGUGAAUAUUCUGGAAAGUUCAGGCAUUGGUACUGAGAUUAUUCAAGUGGAAGCCAGAGACAAAGACUUGGGUUCUAACGGAGAAGUGACUUACUCAGUCUUGACGGAUACACAGCAGUUUGCUAUUAACAGCUCAACUGGAAUCAUUUAUGUAGCUGACCAGUUGGACCGGGAAUCCAAAGCAAACUAUUCUUUAAAAAUAGAAGCCAGAGACAAGGCAGAAAGUGGUCAGCAGCUGUUUUCAGUUGUUACUCUUAAGGUUUUCUUGGAUGAUGUCAAUGAUUGCUCCCCCACGUUUAUUCCCAGUAGCUAUAGUGUGAAAGUUCUUGAAGAUCUCCCUGUUGGCACUGUCAUUGCUUGGUUGGAGACUCAUGAUCCAGAUCUUGGAUUGGGGGGUCAAGUACGCUAUUCUUUGGUCAAUGACUAUAAUGGGAGAUUUGAAAUAGAUAAAGCAAGUGGUGCCAUCCGCUUGAGCAAAGAGCUAGACUAUGAAAAACAGCAGUUCUAUAACCUCACAGUUCGGGCCAAAGACAAAGGGCGGCCUGUCUCUCUGUCAUCUGUUUCCUUUGUUGAAGUAGAAGUAGUGGAUGUCAAUGAAAAUCUCCACACCCCCUAUUUCCCGGACUUUGCUGUCGUUGGAUCUGUAAAAGAAAACUCCCGCAUUGGAACAAGUGUGCUACAGGUGACUGCUCAAGACGAAGACUCUGGGAGGGAUGGAGAGAUCCAGUACUCCAUCAGGGAUGGCAGCGGGCUUGGAAGGUUCAAUAUAGAUGAUGAAAGUGGGGUCAUCACUGCUGCAGACAUUCUUGAUCGAGAGACAACGGGGUCAUACUGGCUGACAGUGUAUGCCACAGACCGGGGCGUGGUUCCACUCUAUUCUACCAUUGAGGUCUACAUUGAAGUUGAAGACGUGAAUGACAAUGCCCCACUGACCUCAGAACCUAUUUAUUAUCCUGUUGUCAUGGAAAAUUCUCCCAAGGAUGUAUCUGUCAUUCAGAUCCAAGCUGAAGAUCCAGAUUCCAGCUCCAAUGAAAAACUGACAUACAGGAUUACAAGUGGGAACCCUCAGAAUUUUUUUGCCAUGAAUAUCAAAACAGGUCUGAUAACAACAACUUCAAGGAAGCUGGAUCGAGAACAGCAGGCAGAACAUUUUCUGGAGGUGACUGUUACAGAUGGUGGUUCCUCUCCCAAACAGUCCACCAUUUGGGUGGUGGUCCAGGUUCUGGAUGAAAAUGACAACAAGCCCCAGUUUCCAGAGAAGGUGUACCAGAUCAAGCUGCCGGAACGUGACCGAAAGAAGAGGGGAGAACCAAUUUACAGGGCGUUUGCAUUUGAUAGAGAUGAAGGCCCCAAUGCAGAAAUCUCCUACAGUAUCGUGGAUGGCAAUGAUGAUGGAAAGUUCUUUAUUGACCCUAAAACAGGCAUGGUUUCUUCCAGAAAACAGUUCACAGCAGGGAGUUACGACAUCCUGACGAUCAAGGCUGUGGACAAUGGGCGCCCCCAGAAAUCCUCCACGGCCCGCCUUCACAUUGAAUGGAUUAAGAAACCACCUCCUUCACCUAUCCCAUUGACCUUCGAUGAACCAUUUUAUAACUUCACUGUCAUGGAAAGUGACAGAGUAACCGAGAUUGUGGGGGUGGUGUCCGUGCAGCCAGCUAACACCCCUCUGUGGUUUGACAUAGUUGGUGGCAAGCAUGCUCGAGAGAUGUUCUAUAUUCUACAGACAGCUUGUGGGCAGAACUGUUCAACAGAAGGGGGGAAUUUUGACAGCUCUUUUGACGCAGAGAAAGGUGUUGGGACAAUUGUCAUCGCAAAACCUUUGGACGCAGAGCAGAGGUCUCUCUAUAACAUGAGCGUGGAAGUCACCGAUGGGACAAAUGUUGCUGUCACUCAGGUAUUUAUCAAAGUGCUGGAUAAUAAUGAUAAUGGCCCAGAAUUCUCACAGCCACAUUACGAUGUGACAAUUUCUGAGGAUGUGCUUCCAGACACAGAGAUAUUACAAAUCGAAGCCACAGACAGAGACGAGAAGCACAAGCUGAGCUACACUGUCCACAGUAGCAUUGACUCCAUGAGCAUGAGGAAAUUCCGGAUUGACCCUAACACUGGCGUGCUGUACACUGCAGAGAGACUGGACCAUGAGGCCCAGGACAAGCACAUUCUCAACAUCAUGGUCAGAGAUCAGGAGUUUCCUUAUCGAAGAAACUUGGCCCGAGUCAUUGUGAACGUGGAAGAUGCUAAUGAUCACAGUCCUUAUUUUACCAACCCACUGUAUGAAGCAUCUGUGUUUGAAUCCGCUGCCUUGGGAUCAGCUGUUCUGCAAGUGACCGCUCUGGACAAAGACAAAGGGGAAAAUGCAGAACUCAUAUAUACCAUAGAAGCAGGGAACACUGGGAACACGUUUAAGAUUGAACCAGUCCUGGGCAUCAUCAGUGUUUCCAAAGAACCAGAUAUGACAACAAUGGGUCAGUUUGUUCUGUCAGUCAAAGUCACAGACCAAGGCUCCCCGCCAAUGUCUGCCACCGCGAUUGUGCGUAUUUCUGUCACCAUGUCUGAUAACUCUCACCCCAAAUUUACUCACAAAGACUACCAAGCGGAAGUAAAUGAAAAUGUUGAUAUUGGAACAUCAGUCAUCCUAAUCUCUGCCAUCAGUCAAUCUACCCUUGUUUAUGAAGUCAAAGAUGGAAACAUUGAUGGGAUCUUUACCAUAAAUCCAUAUUCCGGAGUCAUCACCACUCGGAGAGCUCCAGAUUAUGAGCGCACUUCCUCUUAUCAACUCACCAUUCAGGCCACUAACAUGGCAGGAAUGGCUUCCAAUGCCACCGUCAAUAUUCAGAUCGUUGAUGAAAAUGAUAACGCCCCGGUGUUUCUAUUUUCUCAAUACUCAGGCAGCCUGAGUGAGGCUGCCCCAGUCAAUAGCAUUGUCAGGAACUUGGACAACAGCCCGCUGGUGAUCCGUGCCACUGAUGCUGACAGCAACCGGAAUGCUUUGCUUGUGUAUCAGAUUGUGGAGUCCACAGCCAAGAGGUUCUUCACGGUGGACUCUAGUACAGGUGCCAUCAGAACAAUUGCCAACCUGGACCAUGAAACCAUCUCCCAUUUUCAUUUUCAUGUUCAUGUGAGAGACAGUGGUAACCCCCAGCUGACUGCAGAGAGUCCUGUUGAAGUCAACAUCGAGGUGACAGAUGUGAAUGAUAACCCACCUGUUUUCACUCAGGCUGUGUUUGAGACAGUCUUACUUCUCCCUACCUAUGUUGGAGUGGAGGUUCUGAAGGUUAGUGCCACAGACCCCGACUCUGAGGUGCCCCCUGAACUGACAUACAGCCUAAUGGAAGGCAGCUUGGAUCAUUUUUUAAUUGACUCAAAUAGUGGGGUACUCACCAUAAAAAACAAUAAUCUCUCCAAAGAUCACUAUAUGUUGAUAGUUAAAGUGUCUGAUGGAAAGUUCUACAGUACAUCCAUGGUCAACAUAAUGGUUAAAGAAGCCAUGGAUAGUGGCCUCCAGUUUACACAAAGCUUUUAUUCCACCUCCAUCUCAGAGAACAACACUAACAUAACCAAAGUUGCUAUUGUCAAUGCAGUUGGAAACCGCCUUAAUGAACCCUUAAAAUAUAGCAUCUUAAACCCAGGAAAUAAGUUCAAGAUAAAAUCUACCUCAGGAGUCAUUCAGACUACUGGAGUCCCCUUUGACCGUGAAGAACAAGAAUUAUAUGAGUUGGUGGUGGAAGCCAGCCGUGAGCUGGACCAUCUUCGUGUGGCUAGGGUGGUGGUCAGGGUUAACAUUGAAGACAUAAAUGACAAUUCUCCAGUCUUUGUGGGCCUCCCUUACUAUGCUGCUGUGCAAGUUGAUGCUGAGCCAGGGACUCUGAUAUACCGAGUGACAGCCAUUGACAAAGAUAAAGGUGCAAAUGGAGAAGUGACCUAUGUCCUGCAGGAUGACUAUGGCCACUUUGAAAUUAACCCCAAUUCAGGGAAUGUUAUUUUAAAAGAAGCAUUCAACACUGACUUGUCUAACAUUGAAUAUGGAGUCACCAUCCUAGCCAAAGAUGGUGGAAAGCCCUCUUUGUCUACAUCUGUGGAACUUCCCAUCACUAUUGUCAACAAAGCCAUGCCUGUGUUUGAUAAACCCUUUUAUACAGCAUCCAUAAAUGAAGAUAUCAGAAUGAACACCCCCAUUCUAAGCAUUAAUGCCACCAGUCCAGAAGGCCAAGGCAUCAUAUAUAUCAUUAUUGAUGGAGAUCCUCUAAAACAGUUUAACAUUGACUUUGACACUGGAGUCCUGAAAGUUGUUAGUCCUUUGGAUUAUGAGGUUACAUCUGCUUACAAGUUGACUAUAAGAGCCAGUGAUGCUUUGACUGGUGCCAGGGCUGAAGUCACUGUUGACUUGCUAAUUAAUGAUGUAAAUGACAACCCCCCUAUUUUUGAUCAGCCCACAUACAAUACAACAUUAUCUGAAGCAUCUCUCAUUGGGACACCUGUUUUACAAGUUGUCUCCACUGAUGCAGACUCAGAAAAUAAUAAAAUGGUACAUUAUCAGAUUGUUCAGGAUACCUACAACAGCACAGAUUAUUUUCACAUAGAUAGUGCAAGUGGCUUAAUUCUGACAGCACGCAUGCUCGACCAUGAGCUAGUACAACACUGCACAUUGAAAGUAAGAGCAACAGAUAAUGGCUUCCCAUCGCUGAGCAGUGAGGUUCUGGUUCAUAUACACAUUUCUGACAUAAAUGACAACCCUCCAGUUUUUAAUCAACUCAUUUAUGAGUCAUAUGUGAGUGAGUUAGCCCCCCGGGGCCAUUUUGUAACCUGUGUUCAAGCCUCUGAUGCAGAUAGCUCUGACAUUGACCGGUUGGAUUAUAGCAUUUUAUCGGGGAAUGACCGGACAAGCUUUUUGAUGGACAGCAAGAGUGGAGUGAUCACACUAUCCAACCACCGGAAGCAGCGGAUGGAGCCUCUUUACAGUCUCAAUGUCUCUGUCUCUGAUGGGCUGUUCACCAGUACUGCACAGGUGCAUAUCAGGGUACUUGGGGCUAACUUGUACAGUCCUGCCUUUUCACAAAGCACAUAUGUAGCAGAGGUGAGAGAGAAUGCAGCUGCUGGAACAAAGGUAAUUCAUGUUCGAGCCACAGACGGGGAUCCAGGGACAUAUGGGCAGAUCAGCUACACCAUCAUCAAUGACUUUGCCAAGGAUCGAUUCCUCAUAGACAGCAAUGGGCAGGUCAUGACAACAGAAAGGCUAGACCGGGAAAAUCCUCUGGAAGGAGAUGUUAGUAUUUUUUUGAGGGCCCUUGAUGGUGGAGGGAGAACAACUUUCUGCACCGUGAGGGUGAUUGUUGUGGAUGAAAAUGACAAUGCUCCUCAAUUCAUGACAGUGGAAUAUAGAGCCAGUGUCAGGGCCGAUGUUGGAAGGGGCCACUUGGUCACUCAAGUUCAAGCCAUGGAUCCCGAUGAUGGAGUAAAUUCAAGGAUUACUUAUUCCCUCUAUAGUGAGGCAUCAGUCUCCGUGGCUGACCUCCUGGAAAUUGAUCCUGACAAUGGCUGGAUGGUUACAAAGGGCAAUUUCAACCAGCUGAAAAAUACAGUGCUGUCAUUUUUUGUCAAAGCGGUAGAUGGGGGAAUUCCAGUAAAACACUCCCUCAUUCCUGUCUAUAUCCACGUGUUACCCCCUGAAAUAUUCUUGCCUUCAUUCACCCAGUCUCAGUAUUCCUUCACUGUUGCCGAAGACACAGCCAUUGGAAGCACAGUGGACACCCUGAGGAUUUUGCCCACUCAGAAUGUACGAUUCAGCACAGUUAAUGGGGAACGGCCAGAAAAUAACAAAGGGGGUGUUUUCAUCAUAGAACAGGAAACAGGCAUUAUCAAGCUUGACAAGCGCCUUGACCAUGAAACCAGUCCAGCUUUCCACUUUAAAGUAGCAGCCACAAUACCCCUGGAUAAGGUAGACAUUGUGUUUACUGUGGAUGUAGAUAUCAAGGUAUUGGAUUUGAAUGAUAACAAGCCAGUUUUUGAAACGUCAAGCUAUGAGACCAUCAUAAUGGAAGGAAUGCCCGUUGGCACCAAACUCACACAAGUGAGAGCUAUGGAUAUGGAUUGGGGAGCCAACGGGCAGGUCACCUACUCCCUCCACUCAGAUUCCCAGCCUGAAAAGGUAAUGGAAGCAUUCAAUAUUGACAGCAACACAGGCUGGAUCAGUACAUUGAAGGACCUGGACCAUGAAACAGACCCCAUGUUCACCUUCUCCGUGGUGGCCUCUGACCUUGGAGAGGCAUUCUCUCUUUCUUCCACGGCUUUGGUCUCUGUAAAGGUGACAGAUAUAAAUGACAAUGCACCGGUCUUUGCACAUGAAGUGUACCGCGGCAAUGUGAAGGAGAGUGACCCACCAGGCGAGGUGGUAGCCGUCCUCAGCACCUGGGACAGAGACACAUCUGACAUUAAUCGGCAAGUGAGCUACCAUAUUACAGGAGGAAAUCCCCGAGGAAGGUUUGCCCUGGGCCUGGUGCAGAGUGAGUGGAAGGUCUAUGUGAAGAGACCUCUAGAUAGAGAAGAACAAGACAUUUAUUUCCUCAACAUCACAGCCACUGACGGGCUCUUUGUCACGCAGGCCAUGGUGGAAGUGACUGUCAGUGAUGUGAAUGACAAUAGCCCAGUGUGUGAUCAGGUUGCAUAUACGGCAUUAUUUCCUGAAGACAUUCCAUCAAAUAAAAUCAUUCUGAAGGUCAGUGCCAAGGAUGCCGAUAUUGGAUCCAAUGGAGAUAUACGAUACUCACUCUAUGGAUCUGGAAACAAUGAAUUCUUUCUAGAUCCAGAAAGUGGUGAAUUAAAAACCUUUGCUCCGUUGGACCGGGAGAGGGUCCCUGUGUACAAUUUGAUUGCCAGGGCCACUGAUGGGGGUGGCAGAUUCUGCCACUCUGAUGUCCGCCUGAUCCUGGAGGACGUGAAUGACAACCCACCUGUAUUUUCUUCAGAGCACUACAAUGCCUGUGUCUAUGAGAACACAGCCACCAAGGCUCUGUUGACCAGGGUUCAAGCCGUGGACCCUGACGUUGGUAUCAACAGGAAGGUUGUGUAUUCCUUAGCAGACUCUGCUAAUGGAUUCUUCUCCAUUGAUGGCACAUCUGGCAUCAUUAUCCUGGAACAGCCGCUGGACCGAGAGCAGCAAUCUUCCUACAACAUCAGUGUGCGGGCCACCGACCAGAGUCCAGGACAGUCCCUGUCCUCUCUCGCCACUGUCACCAUCACCGUCCUCGACAUAAAUGACAACCCACCUGUGUUUGAGAGAAGGGACUACCUGGUAACAGUGCCUGAGGACACAUCCCCUGGCACCCAAGUCCUGGCUGUUUUUGCCACCAGCAAAGAUAUUGGCACAAAUGCUGAGAUAACGUAUCUCAUUCGGUCUGGGAAUGAACAGGGGAAAUUUAGAAUCAACCCAAAGACAGGGAGCAUUUCUGUCUCUGAAGUCCUGGACUAUGAAGUAUGUAAAAGGUUUUACCUUGUGGUAGAAGCCAAAGAUGGAGGCACCCCAGCUCUCAGCGCCGCGGCCACUGUCAGCAUCAACCUCACAGAUGUGAAUGAUAAUGCUCCCCAGUUCAGCCAAGAUGUCUACAGUGCUGUCAUCAGUGAAGAUGCCUUGGUGGGAGACUCUGUCAUUUUGCUAAUAGCAGAAGAUGUAGACAGCCAGCCCAAUGGACAGAUUCAUUUUUCCAUUGUGAGUGGAGAUCGGGACAGUGAGUUUGCUGUGGAUCCUGUCUUGGGCCUUGUGAAGGUUAAGAAGAAGUUAGACCGGGAACGGGUGUCAGGAUACUCCCUGCUGGUCCAGGCGGUAGACAGUGGCUUUCCUGCAAUGUCAUCAACUGCAACUGUCAACAUUGAUAUUUCUGAUGUGAAUGACAACAGCCCAGUAUUUACACCUGCUAACUAUACUGCUGUGAUUCAGGAAAACAGGCCGGUGGGCACCAGCAUCUUGCAGCUGCUGGUGACAGACAGAGACUCCUUUCAUAACGGGCCUCCCUUCUCCUUCUCUAUUUUGUCGGGAAAUGAAGAGGAGGAGUUUGUGUUGGAUCCUCACGGGGUCCUGCGCUCAGCAGUGGUCUUCCAGCACACAGAGUCUCCAGAAUACGUGCUGUGUGUCCAGGCAAAGGACUCAGGAAAACCCCAGCAAGUCUCUCAGUCCUACAUCCGUGUGCGGGUCAUCGAGGAAAGUAUCCACAAGCCCACAGCCAUCCCUCUGGAAAUUUUCAUUGUCACCAUGGAGGAUGACUUUCCUGGUGGGGUCAUUGGGAAGAUCCAUGCCACAGAUCAAGAUAUGUAUGAUGUGCUCACGUUUGCCCUGAAAUCAGAGCAGAAAAGCUUGUUCAAAGUCAACAGUCAUGAUGGGAAAAUCAUUGCCCUGGGAGGCCUUGACAGUGGCAAGUAUGUCCUGAAUGUGUCUGUGAGUGACGGCCGCUUUCAGGUGCCCAUAGAUGUGGUUGUGCAUGUGGAGCAGCUGGUCCAUGAGAUGCUACAGAACACCGUCACCAUCCGCUUUGAGAAUGUGUCCCCCGAGGACUUCGUGGGGCUACACAUGCACGGGUUCCGGCGCACCCUGCGGAAUGCAGUCCUCACCCAAAAGCAGGACAGCCUGCACAUCAUCAGCAUCCAGCCUGUGGCAGGCACCAACCAGCUGGACAUGCUGUUUGCAGUGGAGAUGCACAGCAGUGAGUUCUACAAGCCAGCCUACCUGAUCCAGAAGCUGUCCAAUGCCAGGAGACACCUGGAGAACGUCAUGCGUAUCUCAGCCAUCCUGGAGAAGAACUGCUCAGGGCUGGACUGUCAGGAGCAGCACUGUGAGCAGGGCUUGUCCCUGGAUUCCCACGCACUCAUGACCUACAGUACAGCUCGCAUCAGCUUUGUGUGUCCACGGUUCUACAGGAAUGUGCGCUGCACUUGUAAUGGAGGACUGUGCCCGGGGUCCAACGAUCCUUGUGUGGAGAAGCCAUGUCCAGGGGACAUGCAGUGUGUCGGUUAUGAAGCCAGCAGGAGACCCUUCCUCUGCCAGUGUCCACCAGGAAAGCUCGGAGAAUGCUCAGGGCAUACUUCCCUCAGCUUUGCUGGAAACAGUUACAUCAAGUACCGGCUUUCUGAAAACAGCAAAGAAGAGGACUUUAAGCUAGCACUGCGUCUGCGAACCCUGCAAAGCAACGGGAUUAUAAUGUACACAAGAGCAAAUCCCUGCAUAAUUUUGAAGAUUGUGGAUGGCAAGCUGUGGUUCCAGCUGGACUGUGGCAGCGGCCCUGGCAUCUUGGGCAUCUCGGGCCGUGCUGUCAACGAUGGGAGCUGGCACUCCGUCUUCCUGGAGCUCAACCGCAAUUUCACCAGCCUGUCCCUGGAUGACAGCUAUGUGGAGCGGCGCAGGGCGCCCCUCUACUUCCAGACGCUGAGCACCGAGAGUGUCAUCUACUUCGGUGCCCUGGUGCAGGCGGACAACAUCCGCAGCCUGACAGACACGCGGGUCACGCAGGUGCUCAGUGGCUUCCAGGGCUGCCUGGACUCAGUGGUGCUGAAUAACAAUGAGCUGCCGCUACAGAACAAACGCAGCAGUUUCGCAGAGGUGGUGGGCCUGACGGAGCUGAAGCUGGGCUGCGUGCUCUACCCGGAUGCCUGUGAGCGGAGCCCAUGCCAGCAUGGUGGCACCUGUGCCGGCCUGCCUUCCGGUGGCUAUCAGUGUACCUGUCUCUCACAGUUCACGGGAAGAAACUGUGAGUCUGAGAUUACAGCCUGCUUCCCAAACCCCUGCCGGAAUGGGGGAUCCUGUGACCCAAUAGGAAACACUUUCAUCUGUAGCUGUAAAGCCGGGCUCACUGGAGUCACGUGCGAGGAGGACGUCAACGAGUGCGAGCGCGAGGAGUGCGAGAACGGCGGCGCCUGCGUCAACGUGUUCGGCUCCUUCCUGUGCAACUGCACGCCGGGCUACGUGGGCCAGUACUGUGCGCUGCGCCCGGUGGUGGUGCCCAACAUCCAGGCUGGCCACUCCUACGUGGGCAAGGAGGAGCUCAUCGGCAUCGCCGUGGUCCUCUUCGUCAUCUUCACGCUGGUCGUGCUCUUCAUCGUCUUCCGCAAGAAGGUCUUCCGCAAGAACUACUCGCGCAACAACAUCACGCUGGUGCAGGAUCCCGCCACAGCCGCCCUUCUCAACAAGAGCAAUGGCAUCCCCUUCCGCAGCCUGCGCGGUGGCGGCGGCGGCGACGGCCGCAACGUCUACCAGGAGGUGGGGCCCCCACAGGUCCCCGUGCGCCCCAUGGCCUACACCCCCUGCUUCCAAAGCGACUCCAGGAGCAACCUGGACAAGAUCGUGGAUGGGAUGGGCGGCGAACACCAGGAGAUGACCACCUUCCACCCCGAGUCUCCCCGCAUUCUGACAGCCAGACGCGGAGUGGUGGUGUGCAGCGUGGCCCCCAACCUGCCGGCCGUGUCGCCCUGCCGCUCGGACUGUGACUCACUGCGGAAGAAUGGCUGGGACGCAGGGACUGAGAGCAAAGGGGUUGAUGACCCAGGAGAAGUGACCUGCUUUGCAGGCAGCAAUAAAGGCAGCAACUCUGAAGUCCAGUCCCUCAGCUCUUUCCAGUCGGAUUCUGGUGAUGACAAUGCAUCCAUAGUGACUGUCAUUCAGCUUGUCAACAAUGUAGUUGACACUAUUGAGAAUGAAGUGUCUGUCAUGGACCAAGGGCAGAACUACAACCGAGCCUAUCACUGGGACACCUCUGACUGGAUGCCAGGGGCCCGCCUGUCGGACAUAGAGGAAGUGCCCAACUACGAGAACCAGGAUGUCGGAUCUGCACAGCAGGGCAGCACACGCGAGUUGGAAAGCGACUACUACUUGGGCGGCUAUGACAUCGACAGCGAAUACCCACCUCCUCACGAAGAGGAGUUCAUGAGUCAGGACCAGCUGCCUCCUCCCCUGCCCGAGGACUUCCCGGACCAAUAUGAGGCCCUGCCCCCCUCCCAGCCUGUCUCCCUGGCCAGCACGCUGAGCCCAGACUGCAGGAGAAGGCCCCAGUUCCAUCCUAGCCAGUACCUCCCUCCUCACCCAUUCCCCAAUGAAACAGACCUGGUGGGCCCACCUGCCAGCCGUGAAUUCAGUACUUUUGCCGUAAGCAUGAACCAGGGUGCAGAGGCCACGGGCCCAGCAGACAGCGUGUCUCUGUCCUUGCACAAUUCCAGAGGCACCUCCUCCUCGGACGUGUCGGCCAACUGUGGCUUUGACGAUUCCGAAGUGGCCGUGAGUGACUACGAGAGCGUGGGAGAGCUCAGCCUCGCCAGCCUUCACCUCCCCUUUGUGGAGACCCAGCACCAGACCCAAGUGUAGAAGACACAUCCCGGGAGCUUGGCCCUGCUUGUUCCGAAAGAGUGGAAGGAGACUGGCUGGGCUCGGGUCGUACUGGAGAGUGGUCUGUGCAACAAAAGAGGAAGUAGGGGAUUUUUCCACGAGAAAUGUCACAAGUCAUACUGUCACAAGCAAGCUUGAUCCCAAUUAGGGGGACAAAACGGCUCAGAAAUUGUUUCUGAGGGGCAACUGAUAAUCCUUGUAGCAGCUGCCUGGGUCGAGGGCUUAGAAUGGAAGGAUGGGGAUUAUUUCACCCACUAAGUUAUGUCCUAGAUCUUGUAUGACUUUUUGCAGUAUUAAGAACUGGCAACAAUCAGAGGGGCAUUGUUGCAUGUAACCUUGAGCCAAGGAAAUGAAAAUAAUGAGUGUUGGAGAAGUUAGUCCCUUAGGUGAAAGAAAUAAGAAACUAUUAUUAUUCAACAAACAAGAAAAUGGGCUGAAGCCUUUAAAAUCAACUUUUUUUUUCACAAGCUGCCCAAUUUUCAGCUAUAAAAUUAGGUGUAACAUUUUAGUAUGUUCAGUUAUCUUUGUGUUAAGCAUCCAAUAUGAUAUAGAUGGGUUUUAUGAGAAAGAUAUUAGUGAAGAGCCACGUGAGGCUACUUGGGCUCUGGUUUGUAUGUUGGGGAGAAGGUUAAUGUUCAAAUAUUGGAAAGAUUGUGAUUAUCUGGUUUUGUGUUUUCUGGCAAACAUCUCUGGCCAUAACCACAAUUUUGAUAUCGCUGAUGACAUUGGCCCUUUGUUCAAGUACUGUUCUCUAGAAUGAGAGAUACUUCAAGUUUAAACAGAAUUCACAAAUUCAGGGGAAAAAAGAGAAAAUAUGAUGCUUUCAAAGUUUUCAUCCUGGAUAAUCACAAUUCUUGAUAAUGAAGAUAAAAGGCACAUGUUAUUCUAAAUUGGUAGCACUCUCACUAUAAACACAGUUACAUUUUAAAGGAGAAAGUAGAUUAGUUAUUGUGUAUAAAUUAUAAUAGUGUGUGUGUCUGGGCGUAUGUACAAAUAUGUGCUUGCACUCAUAAGGCUGCUCUGAGAAAAGCAAACGUGAAGGAUUUAGGAAAUGGACGUGUAGAAAACCCUGCCAGGGAGCAUGGCCUCCCUUCCAAUUUCUCUGACCUCUGAUGUUAGAGAAACACCAAAUGCCAUAUUUUACUCCAAUUCAGUUAACUUUAUUUUGGUACUACCCUCUAUAUUAAGGCCAAAUUGUGCUUUUUAAAAAUGGUAUUUUGUUAUAAUUGUCCAGAACUAAUCUCUGUUUGAAAAAAAAGGUGUCAUGUUUCGUUACACUCAAGGGUUCUCCUCCCCCUUUGGAGAUGUGGGCUUUGGCCAUGACUUUCCAACACUGACAGGAGAAUCAUUCCACUGGAAAUCCAGUCAUUCACUACUCAACUCAGAGUUGACAAGCUGAGUGACUUUCCUCUUUGGCUUCAAUAAGAUGAUGGCCUGUUCAGUGGCCAGGGUAAGUAAAUGCAUAUUUGCACUAUCUGCUUAAUGAGCAAAUCUGUGUAUUCACAGUCUCUGGUGACAUAUGGCAUUAGUGUGUAAAGUGUACUGUCCCGAGUCUGCAAGUCAUCCACUCAGCCAUGUUUUAGUUAUUUCAAUGUACUCAUUCAAUCCACUUCUUUGUAGGAGUCAAUGUUUCUGAAAGGUUUUUUUUUUUAAUCCUUUAUUCCCAUACUUCCCUGAGUAAAUGAAUACAUCUCACAGGUAUCCUUUCUCUUCCUGUCUCUUGGUCAGAACUACUCGUGGAAGGCAUUGUCCAUACUGUGGUCUUGAGAUAAAUGAAUUUCACUAAGACUGAUUUUGCAAAUAGUCUGGUAUUUUUCUUAUGCAAGAAGCACAUUUGCAAGGAUUGCAUUGAAAAUGACAAACUAAUGGUCUAGAAUAGAAUCACCGCUAUGCUUUUAAUAAUGCAGUGACAUAAAAACCAUCAAAGUAAAACCAACAAUUCAUUUCUUGCCCCCAGGAAAUAUUAGAAUGAGAUUAACGCUGAUGUGUCACUGUUGCUUACACAGCAUUUCUUUGAGGGAAAAAUGCCUGCCUGACACACUAGUGAAGGAAUAAAUAGAUCCUAGUGCAGUUGAGAAAUCACCGAAGAAAAGUGUGCCCACCCUUCGCUCUGACCUAUAUAAAAUACCUCUUUCUUCAAGAUAUCUUCUUCCCUUGAUUUUCUGCAAAAUAGCUCUACAGCUAAAUACAUAUUAGACAAUCAUGUGUUGUGUUUUGAUUCAUUAUCUUUAAACAUAUGAUACCUCUUCUGGUUUGCAGUCAGGCCAUGGAUGGAAGGUAGGAGGGAUAACCAUUGACUCAAAGAACUGAAAAGUCCUUAAGAUUUGGUUAAUCCAACCCUCAUAUUUUAUAAAAAGGAAAACAUGUCCAGAGAGGGAGAGAUGAUUUCCCAGGCUCACAUAGGAAGUAAGUAGCUGAGCAAAGACUAGACCUAUCCAUCUAUCCAAUCUCCUUUCUGUAGUACAGUGAUUACCACUCUACUACCUUGAGAGGGCAGCCACUUGCUUGUGAUGGGCCCUUGGUCUUCCCACCUUCCAUUCUUUGCAAUAUGCAAGAAAUCUCAUGGAGAAAAUUUCUCUGGAAGCCUCAUAAGCUCAUGUUUCUUGGCAGCCCUCUAGGAAGGGUGUAGUUACAGAAUUCACACAUUUCUUUGGACAUUUACCAAAAUGUUGCUUUUGCCAAAUGAAUGUUGCUAAAAUGAGGGUGGAAUGAUAAUUACAGAAGUGAACUCAGACCAGUCAUCAAUUGUAGUGGAAUGGGUGAUAAUAGUACCUGCUAGGUACAUGUCUGAUUUUGGUUUUUUCCUUCACAUCAAUACCGGCUGAUGUUUUCCCGGCCAUUUUUCCACUGUAGUGAAACAUGUGGAACAUAUUUAAACUAAUUAGAAGCUUUCCUUUUUUUUUUUCCUAACAUGUACCUGCAAGCCAUUUUCCACUACCUGUUAUAGGCACUUUACUUGCAUUGCACACAUUCUGGUCAGGUUGUUGGUUUGUGGGGCAGCAGAAAGUGAAUAAUGGAAUUACUUCCUUCAUUCCCUUUCCUUUGUUGGUAUUGUGCUGCUGAUGUCCAUUCCAUGCCAGCUUUCCAUGUAGCCAUGCACCACGCGUUCAUGAAAUGCUGUUGUAAAAGAUAAUGUGAAGAGUAGGUCAAAUCUAUGCAUUGGAGGUACAACACAACAGAUAGUCAGUGUGAAGUCCUUGAAAGGGAAUUUAUUCCUGGGAUUUAUCUGGAAUAGCCCCUUGGCAAUCACCUGUACGGCCUGGGAAGAAAGAAAGGAGGCGUUGUAUGAUCUUUGGCUCCCUCCUGCCUCCUACUUUCCUUCUAUCCCAACUGCACCCCAUGAGUGCUGUGUCUGAAUCAUCAAAGUCAGGGGAACUGAGAAAAGAGACCAUUAAAAUAAAUCACACAAGAUCCAAAAAACAAUUUCCUAUGAAUUCACCCAGGAAGAGGUAGUGUUCGUUGUGCAUGGACUGUCCAGAUGGGUGUCUGGCCUCUUCACUCUGCUGCCCUCUCAGUGCAGAUGUUGCUAACGUGGCUGGGCUUUUAGGGUUUCAGUUUUUGGUUUCCACCCAUGGGAAAUGGAGAUACAAAGAGGCAUUUCUUAAAUGUCAUCAUUUUGUGUGGUCUAUGAGAAGAUGGUUAUGUGUUUUUGCUGGUUUGUGCCCUGCAAUGUUCAACUGCACAUUAUUCUGAUGGAAACCUGCAAUGUCUUUGAGCUUCUGCUUGUACAAUGCUGAAGUUUAAAGUCAUUAUUUGUGGGUUUAGCAUCAGGUAGUAUUUAGCCAACUGGCUAAGAGAUAGGAAAAGAAUAAGGUAUUUCUUUCCCUAUGUAAUAAUGAAAAGCAAUAAUUACAAAUAUAUAAUAAUACACAAAGGCCAUAAUUAGUCUCUUCCAGUGUUUAGGAUGCACUAGAGGAUUGCAUAGACAUGUGGAGUGUGUUUGGACCCAUUAGUCUGUACAGUAGUACCCUUUCAGCAAGCAAAUACCUGAAUUGCUACUAUUUAACAGUUUUCUGAGCCCAUACUACUGCAUUUGGGGAGUGACAAAUGUGUUUGGAAAUGGAAGCAGUUCUUUUUAAGCACUGUAUUGGAGAGAUUGUCUUGUACAUUUACCUGUUGCAAACAGGCUGGUUUGUAAAAGAUGUAUGUUUUGGUGUUUAAAAUGUUUAUAAAAUUGUAUAUAUAAAUG